GGAGACUCGCGGGGGCUGGCGAUAAACCCAGCUCGCCCUAUCAGCCCCAGGCGCUGGACCCUCACCGCCCGAGCUGGACGCGUUGAGCUUCUGCCUUCCUUACAGCUUCGUGAGCACAUCCCCCCAUCUCUUAACUCAUCUACUUUCCCCCGUCUCUCAGUCUACCUCUGUUUCCGAGCUUUUUUAUUUUUGCCUCUGUUCUUUCCAUUGAUACUAGAUCCCAACAUGGUCAGCCAACACGGUGUGCAGGGAGUCCUGGGUGAAGAUGGCAUCCACGUCGAUAUGCAGCAUCUGAAGAGUGGAGAAGUGAACCUCGGAACUUCGAUCAUGGCGAUCAACUUCAAGGACGGUGUCAUCCUCGGCGCCGACAGCCGGACCACCACCGGAGCCUACAUUGCCAACCGAGUCACCGACAAAUUGACACAAGUGCACGACACCAUCUGGUGCUGUCGCUCGGGCUCAGCAGCGGACACCCAGGCCGUGGCCGACAUCGUUUCCUAUCACCUCAACAUGUACGGCGUGGUUAACAACGAGGCUCCCAGCACACAGGUGGCCGCCUCGCUCUUCCAGGAACUAUGCUAUGAGAACAAGGACGCUCUCAGUGCGGGCAUCAUCAUUGCCGGAUACGACCCCCGCCAUGGCGGCCAGGUAUACUCGAUUCCGCUGGGCGGAUCCCUUCACAAACAAUCGUUCGCCAUCGGCGGUUCAGGAUCGACCUACAUCUACGGUUAUACCGAUGCGCACUGGAAAGAGAACAUGACCGAGGAAGAGGGGAUCGACUUUGUGCGCAAUUCUCUGCAGGAGGCCAUCAAGUGGGAUGGUAGCUCGGGUGGUGUCAUCCGUAUGGUGGUGCUGACCAAAAAGGGAGCCGUGCGGCACUUGUACCUGCCGGACACCAACUACACCGGACCCGGCGUGACGAAUUAAAUCGCUCUCAUGUACUAAUAGCAUGUGUCUAAUUUCUCCCGUGGGGUAGUUCUUCCGGAUAAGCAAAUGGAAUGAAAUAUCCUUGAUGAUCCAAUCUCGGUCCUGGAAGGUGGUUGACAGGGGAUAGCGACUUUACGCCCGUGUUGAUAUCCCGAGGAACCUGAGAGUUAAGCCUGUCAUAUGAAUGACUUUCCGGGGGAUUGGGUAGCCGAAUGGUCCUAUCUCGUGACGAUGAUGAGAAGGGGAGGAGAGCCUCGGAAGUGUAGAAUGAACAAGAUGAUCCAGAUGAACGGAUCAUGGUAAAUGGCGAAUGGGACAAGGGAGCAAAGAAUCCGAGAAUGGCAUUGUAGUUAAAGCAGAAACGACCGAGGAUCAAGCGGGUCGAGAGAUCCAAGCUGGUGGGAUUAAUAUAUACCCCGGUCGAUUGCAUCAUGGCGAGGAAGAGGACCAGGGUAUAUUGCCGUUAUUUGCCCUGCAGGUUCUAUCAAGGG